AUGGAAGACACGAAAAAGCGCAAAGACUGCUUGAUAACUAUAAGAAGGCAAACGAGCCACAAAACUAAUGUUGAGGCACAAGCGACCUCCGAGACCAUCUGGUGGGAUGAAAAUAUUUUUAAAUCUGCCAGAAUUUCUCAUCCAGAUCGUCAACUGGCAAAAGAAUGGGAAAAAUACCAUGAAAAUGAAUCUGCAAUCCACCUCCACAAUCCAACAUUUACAGAUAUUGGCGUUAUGUAUGGUGUAGCUGGGACGAGGGAUUUACUAGGAUCAUAUUCCGUUUUGCAGCUUGGAAUUCAUAAUAAAGGCAGUGAAUGCAGGCAAG